AUGCAAAAAGCUCUAUCACAUCGGACGUCGUCGCCAUUGUCGUCACCACAACCAUCACCAUCAUUACCAGAAUGUGACCGGAUCAUAAGAAGCAAUAGCCAAUCCAGUGGGAUCAUUAAAAGUCCCUAUUAUCCGGAACCCUCCCCUCGGGACAUCCUCUGCCAUUACGACAUUAACGGCCUAGUAGACAGGCAAAAUUUAGAGAAGGUUCAACUCUUCAUCGAAGAUAUCGACAUUGGGGAGGAUUAUGUGGAGGAGUAUGUAGAUACUGUGGUUGCGAGAGGUGUGGCUGUCGGCGGUGCUGCCGCUUCUGCUGCUGCUGGGAGGAAUGUUGCAAGAUUUAAUAGAUCAAAAUGUCAGAACGGGGCCCUCCAGGCAUACACCACGAGGGCCAGCCAGAAGAGCCUUGCCAUGUAUAAAAUCGAACUGCAGGAGCAAUCCACGACUAAAGUCAGCCUGCCAAUUCCGGAUUAUGAGUUUUGUGGGACGUCUGGGAAUGGGAGGUUCGGAUCUUAUAGUAUCACGUCAGAUUCGCCCAAAAUGCUUCUCAUCUAUGAUACGUUCGGGGCAAGGUCAAGGAGGGGUUUCAAAGUUAGGUACCAGUUUUCUACGGACUACGCCAUACCGGGUACAGCUAUUAGCGGGGAAUCGCCCUGCCAUUUCCAGUAUAUGAGUACAUCGGCUAUACAGGGCACCUUUAAUUCUCCCCGCCACCCUUCUAACUACCCCGACAACACCUACUGCGUGUAUGAAUUCCACGGUCAGCCCGAUGAGAUUGUGAGGUUGACCUUUGAAAAUUUUCAAGUCGAAGAUGAUGCCAACUGUUCUAAAGAUUUCGUGAAGAUUUUUAAAUGGUUGCCGCCCAAGCUUGAAGAAGAAGGACAGCAGCAGCAGCAGGUGGAGAAUCUGGAAUUCGUGCCUGUGGGCCAUUACUGCGGGGAGAGGUUUCCAGGGCCCCAAGAUGAAGAUAGUCAGAUCAUGAGAGUGACCUUGAACUCUGACGGACACACAGUUUACAAGGGGUUUAGAGCUCGUUAUGAAUUUGUCAAGAGGCAACCGCCAGACAAAAAGUGUUUCCACAGCAUCACGAACAUCGGGGGCGGGGUCAUAAACUCCCCCAACUACCCCCACAAAUACACGACCAAUAAGACUUGCGAGUGGAUCGUGUACGGCCGUUCCAAAGCCAAUAAGAUUCUUCUGACGUUUGAUAUUUUUAGCAUCGAGGGAAAUCCCAACGAAAAAAAAAGCUUCAAAUCAAAUCAAACCAAAUUGAGCGUAGAGAUCGGUUGUGGGAAUGCAGUCCUGAAGAUCUACUCGACGUCUCGGAGCAACAUGCCAGCCUACGAACUCUGCGGCGACAAUGACACCAUCGAUAACCUCCAGAUCAUCACCAAAUCUAAUGUCCUCAGAUUAAAAUUUGUCAGCACAGCUAAAGCCACCGGAGGAAAAGGGUUCCGACUGCCCUGGACCGAGAUACUGCCCAUGAAGGGAGGCAGAUGUCCAGGGUUCCUCUGCGAGAAGAGUGGACACUGCAUACCAAAUGACAUGAAGUGCAACGGCGUGGCAAAUUGUGGAAAGAAUGACCGCUCUGACGAGUUAAAAAACUGCGAGACCAGCACACUGAAUGUCGUCCUCUGUGUCCUCGGCGUCUGCUUCCUCCUUCUCAUCCUCGGCGGGCUACUCUGGCUCUACUGCAAAAGGAAGAAAAAGAAACCGGAAAAGGAUCAAAAAAUUCCGGAAGUACGUAUCGUUACUGGGGUUUCCGAAAAACGUCCUCGGAGUGCAAAUCGUAAAAAGAGAAGGAAGAAACGCAGGAUGAAGGAGAAGACGGAGAUGAUCACGAUCAUGUGA